CGGGGCUUUCCAGCAGCAGCAGAGCAAUCGAUUCACAAACUUGUACGCUCGCUGAGUGUUGACUAAAUAUUUAUUAAAGAAACUGGAACAGAUUCGUUUGAUGGAUGGUGCAUAUUGUUGUUGUUUUUCAGGCGUUUGCUAAGAUUUCUAGCAGUGGUUUAGUAAAGUCGACGUCUAAUAUAAACUAUACGAGAAUACGCAAACAUCACGGUUGUCCAAGGAGUCCAGAGUCGCUUCGGAUGACCCUUCAGAGCACAGAAUGGCUGGAGCACUAAGGAUGGAUGAUACACAGUAUCCCAUGAAGUUUAACAAUGAGUUCAUGGUGGAACUUCAAUAUCUGCAUGAACCUUUUGAGGCGAAGCCUGAACUCUUUGUGCCAGAGACAGUUCAUGGGCCUUACCUACAGAUAAUUGAGGAGCCAAAGCAGAGAGGAUUCAGAUUUCGUUAUGAAUGUGAGGGCCCAUCCCAUGGUGGUCUGCCAGGGGCCUCCAGUGAGAGGAACAGAAGGACGUAUCCCACAGUCAAGGUGUCAAACUACGUGGGUCACGCUCGCGUAGAGAUUCAGCUUGUGACACACACAGACCCCCCACGUGUUCACGCGCACAGCCUUGUGGGUCGCCAUUGUAGUGACAACGGGAUAUGCACCAUUGAUGUCGGGCCUAAUGAUCUCACAGCACAAUUCAGUAAUUUAGGCAUCCUCCAUGUCACUAAGAGAGGAGUGGUUGAAGUAUUAACGAAAAGGCUGAGAGAAGAGAAGAGGAGGAUAAAAGAGCCUGGAUAUAAAUUUACUGAUGCAGAGGAACAAGCUAUUUUGCAAGAGGCCAGAGAACUGGGCAAAAGCACGGACCUAAACAUUGUGAGAUUAAAGUUCACUGCUUACUUGCAGGACAGCAAUGGGAGUUUUACAAGAGCCUUGAAGCCAGUUGUCUCCAACCCUAUCUAUGAUAGUAAAUCACCAAAUGCUUCGAAUCUGAAGAUUUCCCGCAUGGACAAAACAUCUGGAUCAGUGCUGGGAGGAGAAGAGGUCUUUCUGCUCUGUGAUAAAGUUCAAAAAGAUGAUAUUGACAUUCGUUUUUAUGAGGAGGAAGAUGAUGGAGGAUGGGAGGCAUUUGGAGACUUCUCCCCUACUGAUGUCCACAAACAGUAUGCGAUUGUGUUUAAGACCCCACCAUACCGCUGCACAGAUAUCACACGUCCUGUCACGGUCUUCCUGCAGCUCAAGAGGAAGAAGGGAGGCGACUGCAGCGAACCCAAACAGUUCACGUAUAUUCCUCACAAUCAAGACAAAGAAGAGGUUCAGAGGAAGAGGAUGAAGGCACUUCCUCAGCCCUACGAUCACUGGCGGGGAGGACCUCAAGGAGGAGCAGGGGCCUUUGGAGGUCCUGGAUCUGGAACAGGAGGAGGAGGAAUGGGAGGAGGUUUUCAAUUUAAUCCGAUGGAUGGUUCAGGGUUUUUCGCUGGUGGAUGUAGUGGAUUUAGCGGCGGGGCACAGAUGUCAGGCUCCACCCCACAGGCUGAAACAUCUCAGAAUCAGUCGACAAACACACAAACUCAGUCUGGCUCUCAAAUGCAACAGCAGCUCUUUCAGAUUGCCACAGCUCUGCAGAGUCGUGCUACUUUGAUGGCAAAGUGCUCUGCUCGUGCUUUGUUACAGUACUGCAGCACAGGGGAUGUGCGCCCUCUCCUGGCUCUGCAAAGACAUCUGUGUGGAGUGCAAGAUGAGAACGGAGACACUCCUUUGCACUUGGCCAUUAUCCAUCAGCAACCUGGUGUGGUACAACAGCUUAUUCAGGCCCUGAACAACACUCCACAGCAGAAGUUUAUCAACAAACUCAACAACCUCAAUCAAGCUCCACUGCAUCUGGCUGUGAUCACAAAGCAGGCCAAGUUGGUUGAGAUGCUGAUAAAAACAGGUGCAGACCCGAGCCUGCAGGACCAGGAGGGCCGGACAGCGCUUCACUUGGCCGCUCACACCGGUGAUGAGGCCAUACUACGAGUGAUCCUGGGUCUGCUGGGAGAGCGCCAUGCCCAUUUAAUAAACUCUGCUGACUUCUCAGGUCAAUAUCCAAUCCAUCUUGCAGUAAAGAAAGAUGGAGAGCACUGUCUUCGAUUGUUGGUGGAGGCAGGAGCAAGGAUUAACAUGCCAGAGCAGAAAAGUGGCUGCACCGCACUACACCUGGCAGUGAGGGACAACCUUUUAAAACUGGCCUGUUAUCUAAUUACCGAGCUGAAGGCUGAUGUGAAUGCGUGUACCUACGGGGGCAACAGUCCUCUUCACUUUGCUGCCAGUCAGGGCUCCCCACCUCUCUGCUCCAUGCUGAUAGCUGCAGGUGCUGAUAAACGCAUGGAGAACGACGAGCCUCUCUUUUUCCUGAGCUCGUCUUCCUCAGAUGAAGAUGACGAGAGCGAGAAGAAUGAAGUCGACAGGCAGCUUCCAGAUCUCAUGGUUCAGCAAGUUCACUGCAUGUCGAUAUCAUCUGAAAGAAGAGCAUUUAACCCACGCAAGAGACCUGCUGCGGGACACACACCAUUUGAUCUGGCCAAAUGCCAAAAGGUUAGAGAUCUUUUAGAUGGAAGGAAAGGUCCAAAGCCCAGUUCACUCGCCCCCAAGAGGACCAAAAUAAGCACUGAGGAAGUGAACCAAGGUUUGGACAGUGAGGUGCUCACGAAACUGUGUAGUAUUCUCAUUGAAGACCACGUACCCUGGAGAGAGCUGGCGGAAAAACUGGGCAUGCUCACACUCACUCACCUGUACCAGGAUAGUGCCUCACCCUGCCAGAAGCUUCUCGAGAACUACCAGUUGAGUGGUGGUCCUGUGGACGGCCUGGUGGAGGCGCUGCAGUCUCUGGGUGUGAGUGAAGGAGUGAGACUGCUGAGAGACAGCCAACCCAGAGAGGACAAGCAGAGCACAGAUUCUAAAGAGGACAGUGGCUUUGGGAGUCAGUCCAUUGAAGAGGAGAUGGGAAAUCCUGCAGUGGCCAAUCACUGAUUAUCAGGAUCUGUUCUUUGAGGACAACGUGGCACUUUAUUUGACUGGUUUUUCAGGUGCGAACUGGUGGACUGUUCAUCAUCUCAAUAAAGUGGAAAUACGGCACAGCACGGGAGGAAUUGAAAAGGAUCGUUUUGAGGUCAAAAGCCCUCGCUGGUAUUACAUAACAGCAAGACAACAUGACAGAAAUCAGUUGCUUUAAGAUACUCAAAUCUCCCUGGUCUGGAGUGAAGCUAUAGUCUUAGUGCAGACAAUUCAGUACUUUUAUCUAAACAACCACUCGAUUCCUGAGAUUUCACUGUAAAGCAACUGUCAUUUCACAACCACAGCUGUAAUCUUGAAAUAUUUCUGCAGAAUGAUCUGAUAUGAAUGUUUCUAGUAAGCUCUGUUUAGAUAUAUGCAACCUUUUCUGAUACAUCUGGAUACAUCUAUCUAAUACUGUUUAUUUAUGUGUAUGUUUGGUUGCAGUUAUACACUUGUUCAGAGUAAAUAUGUUUGUGUUUUAAUAAAGUUCAUUAUUCUGUGUCUUA